ACAAUCAAACCGAAGUGCGUUGAGUACGCUGGGGGAAAAAAUUCGCCAUAUGCUUGUGGGAACGUUGCUAGUGUGCCGUUGAAGUGCAACCAGGAAGAAGCAAGGUGUGAUAGCCCCAAGACAGCUAGCACCCCCCCAACAUCGACCCGUAAACGUUUUUCCCUCAAAAUAAUGGGGUUAGCAAAAUGUAAAGUUAAUGUGAUGAUCUUGCUGUCUGCCGUGGGAAUGCUAAUGCCGGCCCUAGCAGACGAACAUGAACACACGUACACAGACAAAGAAGAAGUGGUUUUGUGGAUGAAUACAGUGGGGCCAUAUCACAACAGACAAGAAACCUACAAGUACUUUUCUCUUCCCUUCUGUGUGGGAACCAAAAAGACAAUCAGCCAUUACCAUGAAACAUUGGGAGAAGCUCUCCAAGGCGUGGAACUGGAAUUCAGUGGUUUAGACAUCAAAUUCAAAGAGGAAGUAAUGCAGACAACGUACUGUGAAAUUGAGCUUGAUAAAGCUAAACGGGAAGCUUUUGUUUAUGCCAUAAAGAAUCACUACUGGUAUCAAAUGUACAUUGACGACCUGCCCAUAUGGGGAAUUGUUGGAGAAGCUGAUGAAAAUGGUGAAGAUUAUUAUCUCUGGACAUACAAAAAAUUGGAAAUUGGCUACAAUGGCAACAGAAUUGUUGAUGUGAAUCUAACCAGUGAAGGAAAAGUGAAACUUGUUCCGAACACAAGGAUUGCAAUGUCCUACUCUGUUAAGUGGAAAAGAUCUGAUGUGAAGUUCGAGGACAGAUUUGACAAAUAUCUUGAUCCAUCAUUUUUUCAACACAGAAUUCACUGGUUUUCGAUCUUCAAUUCAUUUAUGAUGGUAAUUUUUCUUGUGGGACUGGUCUCAAUGAUCCUCAUGAGAACAUUAAGAAAAGACUAUGCGAGAUACAGUAAGGAGGAGGAAAUGGAUGAUAUGGACCGGGAUCUUGGAGAUGAAUAUGGCUGGAAACAGGUUCAUGGAGACGUGUUUCGCCCCUCGAGUCACCCCUUGAUAUUUUCUUCUCUCAUUGGAUCAGGCUGCCAGAUAUUCUCCGUUUCCCUUAUUGUUAUAAUUGUUGCAAUGAUUGAAGAUCUAUAUACAGAGAGGGGGUCCAUGCUGAGUACAGCAAUCUUUGUCUAUGCAGCAACAUCUCCAGUUAAUGGUUAUUUUGGGGGAAGUUUAUAUGCAAAGCAAGGAGGAAGAAGGUGGAUCAAGCAGAUGUUCAUUGGGGCCUUCCUUAUUCCUGCUAUGGUCUGUGGGACUGCCUUCUUCAUCAACUUCAUCGCCAUCUACUACCAUGCUUCUAGAGCCAUACCUUUUGGCACGAUGGUUGCUGUUUGCUGCAUCUGUUUCUUUGUCAUCCUACCUCUGAACUUAGUGGGCACCAUUUUAGGGAGAAAUUUGUCUGGCCAGCCCAAUUUCCCAUGUCGUGUCAAUGCAGUUCCAAGACCGAUCCCUGAAAAGAAAUGGUUCAUGGAGCCAGCUGUCAUUGUCUGCUUGGGUGGAAUCCUUCCCUUUGGCUCCAUUUUCAUUGAAAUGUAUUUCAUCUUCACCUCAUUCUGGGCCUACAAGAUAUACUAUGUGUACGGCUUCAUGAUGCUUGUACUGGUCAUCUUGUGCAUCGUGACGGUCUGUGUGACAAUCGUUUGCACCUACUUUCUUCUCAAUGCUGAAGACUACCGGUGGCAAUGGACAAGCUUUCUGUCAGCUGCAUCCACUGCUGUUUAUGUUUACAUGUAUUCAUUCUACUACUAUUUCUUUAAGACAAAGAUGUACGGCUUGUUUCAGACGUCCUUCUACUUUGGAUAUAUGGCUGUGUUCAGCACUGCUUUAGGAAUAAUGUGUGGUGCUGUUGGUUAUAUGGGAACAAGUGCCUUUGUGAGGAAGAUCUACACCAAUGUGAAAAUUGAUUAGAAUAGAAGAAACCACAGUGGGAUUUGAUGAUCAGCUUCAGCUUUUCUAACAAGCAGGCACAAGUCAUUUUGCAAGAAGAGAUUGUGGUAUAUUACUUUGUAAAAAAUGUAGUUUUCCAUUUUCUGAAUCGACAUGAGUUUAAAAAAAAAAGGUUGUCUAAUUCAAGAAAUGCACAUCAAUUUUAAGUUUCCAUUAAUUGCUUUCAGUACUUUGCUGAGGCAUAUGCUUGGAGUAUAUGUAGUACAAAAACAAAAAAACUGUCAUGUCUCCCUUUUCACUCAAACUCCCACCUCUGAAAAAUGAACAUAGCUCAUUACUGAUGGAGUCUAGCUCUCUUCAAUGAAGAGGACACUGUAUAUUGAAAGCUUUUGUUCUGUGGUUUAAGAAAAGGGAGAGUAGUUGGCUAUUAUCCACCCAUUGACUUUGGGUCUAUUUUGUAUUUAUAAGUUGUCCAGAGUGUCAUCCAUCCAUUCUGGAUUUCAUGUUUGUUUUUAAUUUUCCAGGAACUGCACAUACUUUGCAGUCAAGUUGUGUACACAAUGUAGACUAUUUAGAUAAAGUGCAUGGAAUAAAUCAAAUUGAUCUUGGCCAAAACCAUAGCUUUGUCACAUUUCUUUCUAGUGUCUAAAUCCAUCCAUCCAAAGACUUGUUUGGUCAGCAAAGAUUUUAGUUCUGCCAAAUUUAACUGUACAGGUAGAGGGCAGAUAAUGUAGGACUGGUGAACUGGUUUUGAGGUACACUAUACCUAACAGAUAUGUUUUAAUUGGAUGUUUGAUGUGAUCCAUUUUUCUUACUGUUUAAUGUUUGGGUUUGAAAUAAGUCUUCUCAUAAAGAUAAUAUAUGGUAGGGGUAUAACAUGUAUAUAACCAUAAAAUAUUGUAACUUUAGGUGUAGAACCCAAACUUAUUUGGUUGUACAGAUUUAUUACACAUGACAUUUGUUUGGUUGGGGUUUUCUUAUGAUCAAUGUGUAUAAAAACUUAUUUUGUUUAAACUUGGGGUCAGGACAGCUCUGUUGAAAAUUGCCUGGAAUUGCAUGAGAUUUUCAUUGAAUCGUAUGUACAUCACAUUUCUCCACAUUUCUACCCAGUUCCUACCAUAUAUUCCCUAGUCAUAUGCACCUUAUAAAGCAGAUGUGAACUGAACUGAAUUGGUAUUGCUUGCAGAAAAUGUACAAAUUACAAGACAGUGAACUGACUUGAUAACUGAUUUAAAGUCCCUGGGAUUUGAUCAGGCAUUGCCAUGAUAUUUUUGCAUAGACUUUAAAACAUAUUUGAAUCUAAGGCAUACUUAUGCUGACUUCCUGCAAACAUGCUGUUAAAAAAAAAAAAAAAAAAAAAAAAAAAUCACUUAGCUAGGUGUUCUCAUUGUAGUGUUGCUUUCCCCUGUCUCGUUUCUGUAAAUACAGUAUAUACUUCAAAAAUUGAA